AUGUCCAUUCCUAGAUUGGAACUCCAGUCUGCAUUGCUAGGAGCUCGAUUUGCAAAAAAUGUGACUUCAUCCCUUAAAUUGAAAUUCAAUCGUCAAGUAUUUUGGACAGAUUCUAAAACAGUUCUAGCGUGGAUACGGUCGGACCACCGUAAAUAUUUUCAAUUUGUCGCCUUCAGGGUAAGUGAAAUUCUUGAGCUAUCAGAGGUGGAUGAAUGGAUGUGGGUUCCGUCUAUGGACAACGUAGCUGAUGAAGCGACAAAGUGGCAGAAAACACCACACUUUUCUCGAGACAGUCGAUGGUUUACCGGCCCUGAGUUUCUUCAAAGGCACAAUAUUUCAUGGCACGAGGAAACAAAAGAAGAUGGUACAUUAGAAGAGUUAAGGCCACAGUAUAUUGGAAUUCACAGAAAGGUAUCAAGUUUUACAAUUCCUAUAAAUCCGGAGCGUUUUUCUAAAUGGAGUCGAUUUGUUGGUGCAACUUCAACUUUACUACAGAUAGCUAGAAUAAUAAAAAACAAGGUUAAAGGGGAAAAAGUUGUGUAUUUAAAAACUCAAGCAGAUAUAGCUGCCGCUGAAAUCGUGAUCUGGAAAUGUACCCAAGCAGAAGUAUUUGGAGAUGAGUUAACGCUAUUGAGUAGAAAUCUUCCCAUAACGCCAUCCAGUAAUUUGUAUAAACUGUCAGCAUACCUAGAUAACAGCGGAGUAAUUCGAUUGGGAAGCAGAGUGCAAAUCAGUGGACGCAAGGACCCAAUAAUACUACCCAAAGAACACUAUGUCACUACUCUUCUCGUAGCUUUUCAUCAUGUUACAUAUCUUCACAGUAACCACGAAACUGUGAUAAAUGAGAUACGACAGUAUUUUUGGAUUCCAAGACUUAGAAGUGUUUUGAAAAAGGUUCGAAAAUCGUGUCAAAUGUGUAUAAUUCAAAAUGCUAAGCCAAAGCCUCCAAAGAUGUCCAUUCUGCCGUCGCCCAGAGUGGCUUCAUUUUGCCGUCCGUUUACCUAUGUAGGCAUAGACUAUUUUGGUCCCUUAUUUGUCAUAAUACGUCGUAGCUCUGAAAAACGUUAUGGGGUGUUGUUUACUUGUCUAACAACUAGGGCCGUACAUCUCGAAAUAGCAUAUUCAUUAUCCACAAUAUCCUGUAUAAUCGCCAUAAGAAGUUUUAUUGCUCGUCGGGGUACCCCGCGGGAGUGGUGGAGUGAUAAUGGCACCAACUUUCGUGGAGCUGAACGUGAAUUGAGUGAAGCCUUUCAAUUGUUGGAUCAAAAUGAAAUUGUUAAAACCUUCACUAACUCGUCCAUGUCCUGGCACUUCAUCCCACCAUCGUCCCCACAUAUGGGAGGUGCCUGGGAGCGUCUAGUCAGGUCGGUGAAAUCAUCACUAUUAUCUGUUCUACCAAGAUAUAGACUCACUGAUGAGAUUUUAAGAGGGGCCUUUGCUGAAGUUGAGAACAUAAUUAAUUCACGCCCUCUUACUUACAUUCCAAUCGAACAUGAAGAAGCUGAGUCCUUGACACCCAACCACUUCCUCCACGGUAGCUCUAACGGUAUGAAACCUUUGGCACUCCCUGAAGCCAACGGAACCAUGUUGCGGCGUGGGUGGAGAGCCACCCAGCAAAUGGCAGACUCAUUUUGGAUACGUUGGGUCCGAGAAUAUUUGCCAAUGAUUACUCGCAGAUCCAAAUGGUUUCAAAACGUCAAGCCUAUUAAGAUUGGAGAUGUGGUAUUUAUCGUUGACCCAGAAAUUGUUGGCCAAAAGGUAAAAUAG